AUGCCCCUGUGCAAGGAAGUGGACGAUUCGUUGGUGCACCCACUUCCGCUUACUUGCAACCAAGUGCAGAGUGUGAGCCGUUCCAAGCUUCAGCUGCUGGGUGUGUCGGCCAUCUUUGUUGCCGGCAAGUUUGAGGAGAUGAUGCCGCCCACACUUGGAGACAUGAUCUACGUCACCGAUGGUGCUUACCAGAGCAAGGAAGUGCUGCGCAUGGAGCAACAGAUCCUUCGCACACUCGACUGGUCCCUGGGGCGACCCUUGCCCCUACACUUCCUGCGCCGAAACUCCAAGGCAGCACAGGCUGACAUUGUGGAGCACAACCUGGCCAAGUUGGUGCUGGAGCUGUGUCUGCUGGACUACCCCAUGGCAUGGGUGCGGCCCUCGGAGCAGGCUGCUGCGGCCCUCUGCCUCUCCCUGCGGUUGUUUGACCGGGAGGACCAGCACAGGUGGGGUGCCCUGAUGUCACACUAUGGGCGCUACACUGAGGAGGCCCUGCAGCCCACCAUCAAGCGUAUGGCGGGACUUCUCCUCGAUGCACCAAAAAGCACCCACAAGGCCCCAUACGAGAAGUACAAGCACAGCCGGCUGGAACGUGUGAGCACGCUGAUCGUUUCCCAUGCUGCCAAGCUCCGCGAGAUGGCUGGCCGGCCUUGAGGAUUUUAGUGAACACCUUUAUUUUUUACGCAGCUUCACAUUGCCUGUGAAAUGACAAACCGUGCCUGUUAGCACUACCACAUCAGACUGUCUGCCAUUGAGUGUACAGCAUCUUGCACAUUUUUUUUAUCACCUGACCAGCUGAUUGUUUGCGUCUGUUUAGGGCAAGCAAGACUGCAAACGUCAUGUGUUGUGUAAUGUAGUCGUGUGCAACACCUCAUGGCUGUAUGACAGAUAUUGCUGAAGGUUCCCUCACUUGCUGCAGAAACCUCUACGAGUUACACUGCCAAAUGCUAACGUUCAGUGUGGGUCUCAUUUUGGGGGAGGGGAGUCGUUUGUGGUUGAUAUGGAUACUUUUAUUUUAUACAGCUUCACAUUGCCUGUGCAGGAAUUGGCAAAGCCUGUGAAAUGACAAACUGCGCCUGCUAGCACUACCGCAUCAGACUGUCUGCCAUUGAGUGUACAGCAUCUUGCACGUUUUUAUCACCUGACUGCAUCAAAACUAUGAACAUUGCCAAUAAAGUCUGCUGCAGCUGA